AUGGCCCUCAUACAGGCUCUUCGUCGGUCCAUCAAGGGCGAUAAGGAAAAGCAGCACCACACCUCAAUAGCGACCAAGUCUGCUGUCGCCAUCAUCCCACCCAAAAAGGUGAUUCGAGCGUUGUACGACUAUGAAGCCCAGUCGUCGCAAGAGUUGAGCUUUUCCAAAGGAGAUUUUUUCCACGUUAUUGGCCGCGAGAACGACCAAGACUGGUAUGAGGCAUGCAAUCCUGCCCUGCCGGAUGCCCGAGGCCUCGUCCCGGUCGCCUUCUUCCAAGCCUUAGGCCGUACCGAGCGAGACAGUGCCCAGUCAGACAAUAGCAGGCCGCCUACCGCGAAGAGUCCCGACCAUGACUCUGGUUACAGCGAAAAUGCCCCGCACCCCAUUACUACAGCGGUACCAAUCACCCACCGUAGUACCAAGUCUACCGAUAUUGACAACAAAAUUUUUGCCACCGUCAUGUAUGAUUUCGAGGCCCAGCGGCCAGACGAGUUGGGCGCUACCAAAAAUGAGCAAAUCAUCAUCAUCGCCCAGUCAACCCCAGAGUGGUUCGUUGCCAAGCCCAUCGCAAGACUGGGCGGUCCUGGCUUGAUCCCCGUCUCAUACGUCGAGAUUCGCUAUGUCAGAACUAAAGAGGUUGUUCCCAACGCAGUGGAAGCUGUGAAGAGAGCCGGGGUUCCGAGUGUGGAGGAAUGGAAGAGGAUGGCGGCAAACUAUAAGAAUAGCAGCAUUACUCUGGUAUACGCGCCAGUCAGAGCCUGGAUACCUCGAUAUUGCUUUGCCGAAGACAAAUAUUGGUUUGUUAUCGUGGCUGUUCUUGAGGAUGGCAGACAUUGGGAACUCUCGCGAUACUACGAAGAUUUUUACGACUUCCAGAUUGCCCUUCUCAACCAAUUUCCUUCAGAGGCUGGUCAUGACGGAACGAACAAAAGGACUUUACCAUACAUGCCAGGUCCUGUCAGUUAUGUCACAGAUGCAAUCACAGAGGCAAGGCUACACAACCUCGAUGCCUAUGUUAAAAAUCUUCUCGACCAGCCAGACCGCGUUUCGAAAUGCGACCUGGUGAAGAAGUUCUUUGCUCCUCGUGAAGGAGACUAUGAGAUCGCUCCAAAUUCUGCCGAUGAGGACAUGCGGCUUUCACAGGGCUCACAACCGUCCGCCGAAGGUUUUGGAAACGGCGGCUCCCGAACCAACCUGAACGGAAAUGCCUAUGCCGUACUCCCUGCCACAUCUCGACAAUUGAGCAACUCACAACAGGGUACAAGCAAUCAGCCACAACAAGCCGUGAUGAAAGUCAAGAUGUAUUACAAUGGUGAUCUUAUCGCUAUUCGUGUACCGUCCGAAGUUGAUUAUCAGCAGCUGUGUGACAAGAUUCGGGAUCGACUCAAACUCAGCCCCGAUAAUCAAUUACAACUUUUCUAUAAGGACGAGCCAACAGGAAACAAACCUAAUUUAAUGAGCGACAGUGAUCUCAACUUUGCUCUUGAGCGGCAUGAGAAACUCGUUCUCUAUGUCGAGGUUGCAUAA